CAGUCUAGAAACAAUUGGAGCUGGAGGUCCUGACGUUGCACAUCCAAGAUUCUCAGAAGCUUUGCCAACAAGUGUCCCAAAUACCAACCCUAGGCCUCCAGUGUUUUUUGUUACGACUGGGCAGACACAGCUGUUGAACUACUCCUUCCGAACUGGCGAAGAGUUUGCUCUUGAAUUCAUGCAAAACAGGGCAAACACAACGAAGCCUUUGGUUCCAAUCAUCUCUGAUGACAGGACCAUCAGCACCAGCUUCACUCCUUGGGGGGAAGAAGCUAAUAUUUCUGGAGAUAAACCAUCAAAGAAGCUGUUGACAUUUCCUCCAUUCAGUGAAACAAGCAGUCAAGGAUCAAAUAAGAGGAACCUGCAAGAGAUAUAUAACUCUGGAUCAACUAGAAUGAAGUUUCUCUGCAACUUUGGUGGCAGAUUCCUACCAAGGCCAAUAGAUGGCAAGCUCCGGUAUGUUGGUGGUGAGAAGCAUCUGAUUCAGAUUAGCCGGGGAGUGUCAUGGCAAGGAUUGAUCUGCAAGACAACCAAACUCAUCAGGCAAGCUCACAUAGUCAAGUACCACUUGCCGGGGGAACAAGUGAAUGUGCUCAUUUCUGUUGCCUCCAAUGAUGAUGUUCACCAUAUGAUUGAUGAGUGCAUUGUACUAGAAGAAAGCAAAGAACGGCCAGCUUUGUACCUAUUUACAGAUGAAGAUGAUGAGCACCAUGUACAUUUUAUGGUAGGGAGCUCAUCAGAUGAAGAUACUGAAGCACAAUACAUUGCUCUAAUAAAUGGGUAUGGAUACACUGGACCAGGAGACAAGUUAAGUGCACAAGGUCCGGGGAGUACAUCAGCCAGUGAUCUGGAUCAGCUGAUAUUUGACAUUGAUGAUGAAGGAUCAGUGACAGGGAGGACUGAAGAAGCCCCAUCAUGCGUUAGGAGCAAGUGUUCACAAAAUAGUGUUACAGUUCCAUCGAAGGCAUCCAGGAUCCCCCUACAUAAGAUUCCUCCCAUUGUCAUGGAACAAAUGACCAAUCAAGACUCUGCUAUACGGAGUGAUGAAGGCAAAGCAAGCUCCUAUCCUGCCACAAAGUCAAGAAAUAUUAACACUGCUUCAUCUAUGCCAUUGGAAUUCGCAUAUCCAUCUAAGUGGGAGCGAAACGGUAGUAAUGGCACAUCAAGGAAGACUACUGAACUGCAAAGGACAGCAACCAGCAUGUCAAAGAUUGGCCAAAAUGCGGAAAGAAAUAAGGAAAAGGAAAGCACGGCAUUAAUAACAGAGCUGGUCAUACCAUCAGACGAGAACAGUUUGAGGGUGCCAUCACUGAGUUCAAACUACAGCAGCCCAACUCAACAUACCAGUCCAGUUAACAAGUUGCUGAGAGAACAGACUGAGACAAUCAUCCAAUUUAUCCAGCCUAACAAUUCAAUAAAUUUUGAGAAGUUGGUGACAGAAGAUCCUGUUGGAAGAGCUGUAUAUGAAAUGCUUGCAUCUCCUUCAGGAGAUUAUCAAAAACCAGUGCACAAAUGCCUGAACUCUGAUGAAAGCAUGAUAGACGCAAUAAGGUAUAGCUCCCAAGGAGACACCGCCCCUUAUUCCGAUACAGAUCAGCUCACCAAAAUUAGAACCACUCAGUUGCAUAACCGGACAGAGUGGCCUGCUCCUACCCAGCCAUCUGAGUCAAAUGAAGCAGGAGCUCGCAUUUUGUGGGACAACACACACAUCAGUGUGAAUCCAUACACCCAUGAGCAGGUAUUUUCAGUAAAUACCGCUGGGAGUAUAGAGCAUACACUUCCUGAUGUUAUGUGCAGUGGUGCUGACAAGAACGAUGAUCCUUCUAUGCCAAUUAUCUAUGACAGAGAAAUAGUACCUUCCCCACGUCCUUUUACAUCUUCAGAAAGCAAGGCAGCUGAGCUACAGAAAAAUGGUCCUGUACAGUCUUCAAGGGACAAAGAACAAGCUUCUCCCAGUAGCGGACAACACGACAUACAAAUUGUUAGGUUCACUUCACUUGGAGGCGAUGGCAAACAUAUGCAAGUUGGAGCUUCGUCGGAAGAAGUUACAGAAAAUUUUGCAUCACCAAUCUCAGAGCUUGAGGUAUAUGAAACCAGGGAAAAUAAACUAGACCUUCCUGCAAAUGUAACAUUGGGUAUAGAUAUUAUAAGCAAUGUCCAGAUAAUAAGCAACGAGGACCUCGAAGAUCUGCAGGAGAUGGGCUCUGGUGCAUUUGGAACUGUCUUUCAUGGAAGAUGGAGGGGAACAGAUGUUGCCAUCAAACGGAUAAAGAAUAGCUGUUUCAUGUAUCCAUCAUCUGAGACAGAUAAACUGAUUGUAGAAUUUUGGAGAGAAGCAGCCAUCCUCUCGAAACUUCACCAUCCUAAUGUGCUGGCAUUCUACGGGAUUGUGAAUAAUGGACCUGGGGGGACAUUAGCAACUGUGACAGAAUUCAUGGCCAGCGGAUCCCUCAAGAAAGUCCUUCUGCGCAAAGAAAAAUUUCUGGACAGGCGUAAACGGAUAACUCUUGCUAUGGAUGUGGCUAUAGGAAUGGAAUACUUGCAUUCCAAAGAUAUAAUUCAUUUCGAUCUGAAGUGUGAUAAUUUGCUGGUGAAUCUCAAUGAUCCAUCUCGUCCCAUAUGCAAGGUAGCUGAUUUUGGUUUGUCCAAGGUGAAACAGACUACAAUGGUCUCUGUUGGAAUGAGAGGAACUCUUCCAUGGAUGGCUCCUGAAAUGCUUGAAAUGAGCAGCAAUAUGGUAUCAACCAAGGUUGAUGUGUAUUCUUUUGGAAUCAUAAUGUGGGAAAUACUCACGGGCGAGGAGCCAUAUGCUGGCAUGCACCAUGGAGGAGUUAUAGGAGGAAUUUUGAGCAACACAUUGAGGCCACCAAUACCAGUAUCAUGUGAUCCCCAAUGGAGGGAACUCAUGGAGCAGUGCUGGUCAAACGAGCCUGAGAAAAGACCAACUUUCACAGAAGUGGUGAGCCGCCUCCGUUUAAUGCUAGAAGCCAAUUACAACAGGCCACUGGUCUAACUUCCAUAAGGACCACUAUCUGUCUAUGUUUUGAGUCUACGGUGCAAACCGUACCUGUGUGUAGAUUCAUAUUGUUCAGCACGUCUCUUUCAGCAAACCUUUUACACUGUGUGUUAUUCGAUCUGUAUAUGUAUGCGCUGGUAUUUGGAUUGGGCCAUGUGCACGAGCAUGAUGCAUCUAAGGUUUAUCUGUUGUGGUGCUGUUAGAGAACUAAAAGUGAAGUUUAAUGCAAAUUUCACCUCUAUAGCAUUUUUA